CUGCCUAGAAAACCGCGUAACGCUCCUCGGCACCGCCGAGGCGGUAUCGCUGCAGGCUGCAUCAACAACCGUCGCGACUUCCUUUCCAUAGUCCUAGCCACCACGGACACGGCCAUCGUCGAGCAAGAAGGAACUGCGAUCAUGGCGUCGGUAGCAGCGCCUGCAGCCGCGGCUUCAGAGCCCUGCUGGACCGAACUGCUCCCGCCCCUGGCCGCUCGCGGGGUGCUGCCCGGCCUGCCGCCGCUGGCUCGCCUGCGCAACGCCGUGUGUGCGGCCAUGGCGCCCCUCGCCGCCCCCCUGCCCACCACACAGCCCGCCACUGCGGCCCUGUUCCCCGCGUCUGCGCUGCUGGCGGCGGUGGAGGGCUGUGUGGCUGACACGGCCGCCAUCCCGCCACCCGCCCGCCCCGCCGCCUGCCUGCUGGUCGCGGCAGUGGCGCAGGAGCACUACGUCCGGGCGCACAGCACGAGGGCGCGACUGCUGCGCACCGGCUGGAGCGAGGCGUCGGCCGCAGCCGGGUCGGCUGCUACGGGUGCUGCGGCUGCUGCGAGUGCUGCUGCCGAUGACGGCUCGCUGCGGCGCUUCCUGACCAGCCAGCCUCCUCAGGUGGUGGCUCUGGCGCUGCAGCAGGCCCUGGGGGAGCCGGACAGCCAGCUGGGCUGCCUCAUGAACCGGGUCCUGCAGUUCGGGCCGGAGGGGGUCGAGGUGGCGCUGCGGCGCACACUCAUGGCGGUCAGGUCGGGCGACGUGCAUCUGUCUGCGGGUGACGGCCGGCGCACUCUGGGCGGCGUGUUUUUCAAGGAGCUGGGGCGGCUCAAGGCGGGGGCGGCGCUGCAGCAGGCGGGGGAGCAGGUGGAGGCAGAGUCAGAUGCGGUGGGACUUGUGCUCAGCAGCUGGGGCCUGCCGCUCACACCGCAGCUACUGCCGCCCGGUGGCGGGCGCGGCGGAGCGGCUGCUGCUACUGCCGCCCGGGAGCGCUACAGCCGGCUGUGCGGGGGCUGGCGGGGCAACUGGCUGGUGUGUGCGCCCACCGGCUCGGGCAAGACACGCGUGUUCGUGGAGGUGGUGAGAGCUCUGGUCGAGUCGCGCAACCAGCCCGCCGCCUCCUCCUCCUCCGCCGCCUCCCUGGGUGCCCUGGUGGUGGUGCUGGCGCCGACUGUGGUGCUGACCGCGCAGCACGCCGCCUACUUCCUGCGGGCCGCCCUGCCGCGCACCCAGGUGGGCGCCUUCUCCUCCGACAACCCCCUGUCGCGGGAGGCGUGGACCCGUGUGCUGCACGACACGGGCCGGCUGGCGGCUGGCGGCGGCAGGGGCGGCGGUGGCGGUGGCGGCAGUCACUGGGUGGUGGUGGCCACCGCGGCCUCCUUCGCCAACCUGCUGCAGCAGCGGCACGCAGUCAUGAGCCAGCUUGACCUGCUGGUUCUGGACGAGGCACACCACUGCCACGACGACCACCCCUACGCCCAGGCCAUGCGGCACUUCCGGCCGCACCACCCGCCCCCGGUAGGUGGCCGCGGCGGUGGCGGUGGCGACGGCGGCCCCCGGGUGCUGGGCGCGACGGCCUCCCCAGCCAGCGAGCAGAGCCUGGCGGCCCUGCACGUGCGCAUGACGGCGCUGCUGGGGCUGCUGGGAGCGCGGCUGCACGCCGUGGAGGUGGAGGAGGUGGAGGCGGGGGAGGCAGGGCAGGCAGUGCUUUGCGAGCCGGUCCAGUCGGAGGUGCGUGUGCCCAUGCGGGCGGCGGACCGCACCAUGUGCCAGGUGCUGCAGGUGUUUGCGCUCAAGGCCGCGGCAGACCUGGGCGGGAGUCUGCAGCGCCUGCGGCCGUGUGGGCGGAUCGCCACGUCCGACCUGUGGCAGCUACAGGAGGGACUGGUGGAUGCGGUGCGGUCGUCAAGGGCGGCGGCGGCGAGUGACAAGCCCCUGGCUACACGUCUGGACACCCUGGGGCAGUGGCUGGCCCAGGGCAGGGCGUUUGCGGCCCGCUACACCUGCCCGCACCUGGAGCUGGCCUGCCGCCUACUGGACCUCCUGCGCAAAGCACUGGAGCUAGCGGAGGAGGCGGGCUCCGAGGCCGCGCUCACCUACCUAGCACGUAAGGCUGCGGCCCUGGCGCGCGAGGAGGCGGAGCUGGAGGCGGCGGAGCUGCAGGCCAGACAGGCGGGCGGCGGCGCCAGGGCCGCCUAUGCCACCGCUGUGGCACGUAUCCUGCUGGGGGGCGCAAGCAGUGAGGACGACGAUGACAACAGCGGCGGCGGCGGCAGUAAUGGAGGUAACUGCAGUGGCAAUGUUGGCAGUGAUGGCGGAGAGCUGCCGCCACUGCUUCAGGAGUUGGGUGCGGCGGCGCGGCGGCAGCAGCUGCCCAGCGGGCACCAGGUGGCGGCGGCACUGGAGGCGGAGUGGGAGGCGAGCGAGGGACCCCGGGCUGGCAACAGCUGCGAUGACGUGGCGCUGCGUGUGUCGGCCCUCACCCGCGAGAUGCUGGUGGAGGGAGACGGGUGUGUGCUGCCGACCGGGGCCCCAGGGGCGGCGGGGCAGGCCGCUGGCGAGGCGCUGGCGAUGCAGCUGGUUCGCGGCUGCUUCGCGUCCGGAGUGCUGCAGGAGGUGAGCCGUGGCUGGACAUGCGCACUCGCCAACGCCGCCACGCACCGCAAGUACUGGGCUCUGAUGGAAUUCCUGCAGCGCUACCGGGACGCUGACAGCGGUGAGGGCGGCUGCUGCCACGGCAUUGUGUUUGUCAAGACGCGCCAGGCGGUGUACCACCUGUCGGACAUGAUCCGCCGUACGGCACAGCUGCAGCACGUGGAGGUGUACGAGCUGGUGGGCCACGGCGGUGCCGCCGGCCGCCGCACGGCCCUGGACCCGCACAGUGACCGGCACGGCCGCGGCAUGAGCGGCAGUGAGCAGCAGCAGGUGCUGCGGAUGUUCAAGGACCCAAGCGGCUCCGCGCGCUGCAAGGUGCUUGUGUCCACCUCUGCCGCGGAGGAGGGCCUGGACGUGCCGGGCUGCUCCUGGGUGGUGAGGUACAACGCCGCCGCUACAGGCAUCCAGCUGCUGCAGAGCCGCGGCCGCGCACGCCUGGCCACCGCCGCCGCCACCUUCGUAAGCAUACUGCAGGAGGACACACUGGACCUGCGACUGCACCAAAAGGCGAGGGAGGAGGAGCGGAACAUGAAGGAGUACUGCAGCGGGGGAGGCGGGGGAGGAGGAGGAGGCAGUGGGAGGCGGGAAGGGCAGGGAGGCGGGGGCUCUGAGCAGUCGAGGCCGCAAGGAAAGAAGCAGCGGCUUUAGUGCGGGGGAAAGGUGGGGUGCUUGCCAUCCUUGGCAACAAGGCUCGGGGCAGAGGCUCGGGUGGUGGAAUGAUGUGUCGCUGCUGUUAUUGGGAUAGAGCUAUACGGUUGCUUAUGAGCCGCAAGCCGAAGAGCAAUAGCGGUUUGUGCAUGUGUGUCCCGGGGUGGGGUGGGGCAGGGGACGGCUCAGGGCGAGCAUGG